AUGAAUUCAGAAAUAUCAAGAGCCGAGUUAUUGUAAUGGGUAAAUGAUUUACUUAAAAUUACAAUCAAUAAAAUUGAAUAAUUAGGAACUGGAGCUAUCUAUUGUUAACUUAUAGACGCUGUUCAUCCUGGAAAAAGUAUUGUUAAUAUUUCAAUCAAUAGUCUAAUUAAAUAAAGUAAAUUGGAGAGCAAAAUAAGAAUAUGAAUUUGUCAAUAAUUUUAAGAUACUUCAAUAAUCAUUUACAAAAUUAGGUUUGUAAAAACCCAUUGAAAUUGAAAAAUUAACUAAAUGUAAAUAUUAAGAUAAUCUUGAAUUUCUUUAAUGGAUGAAAAAAUACAUUGAUACUCAUUUUGUUACAAAAGACUAUGAUCCAUUAACCAAAAGAGGAAAUUAAGAGUUUGAAGAUCCAGAUAAAUAAAUUCGAAAUUAAUCAAAACCAAAAGUUCUAAUUAAAAACAAUGCUAAAGAUGUACAUCUUUUUAAAUUAUGUUUUUAGCAAUAAAUUAUUCAAAAUUUAUCUAAGAACUCCUCUUUUGCAACAAUUUAAAUUUUGAAUAAUGAUUUUUCUAAUAAAGAAAAUAGAUAAGCUUCAAUGACAGAUUUAUUAUUGUAAAUAGAAACCUUGAAAUGUGAAAGAGAUUUUUAUUAUUUGAAAUUAAAAGAUUUAGAUGGAUUGAUGGAGUAACAUUUAUAAUAAGGUUUGACAGCUGAUUAACUUUGUAAAGGAAUUAAAGAAAUCUUAUACAAUACACAUGAUAGAUCUAUAGUAGUUUAAUAAAAUGGAGAUUUAGAAGUCACAUAUUCUGAAAAUAAUGAAGAUUCAAAAUCUGAAUUUUGUAAAACAGAACAAAAUCAACCAGAUGAUAUAUCCAUAUCUUGA